AUGUCCAACGUCAGCUGCACCAUCGAGUUCGUUCUCCUGGCAUUUGCAGACAUGCGGGAGCUGCAGCUCUUGCACUUCGGGCUCUUCCUGGCCAUCUACCUGGCUGCCCUCCUGGGCAACGGCCUCAUCAUCGGCGCUGUAGCCUGUGACCACCACCUCCACACCCCCAUGUACUUCUUCCUCCUCAACCUCUCCCUCCUUGAUCUGGGCUCCAUCUCCACCACUGUCCCCAAAUCCAUGGCCAACUCCCUCUGGGACACCAGGGUUAUUUCCUACUGUAGAUGCGCUGCCCAGGUCUUUUGGUUUCUCGUCUUUGUUUCUUCAGAAUACUAUCUUCUCACCGUCAUGGCCUAUGACCGCUACGUUGCCAUCUGCAAACCCCUGCACUACGGGACCCUCAUGGACAGCCGAGCUUGCAUCAAAAUGGCAGCAGCUGCCUGGGGUGGUGGUUUCCUCAACGCGGUGAUUCACACUGGAAACACAUUUUCACUACCCCUCUGCCAAGGCAAUGCUGUGGGCCAGUUCUUCUGUGAAAUCCCCCAGCUCCUCAAGCUCUCCUGCUCGGACUCCUAUGUCAGGAAAGCUGGGUUUACUGUGGUCAGUCUUUGUGUAGCUUGUGGGUGUUUUCUGUUCCUUGUCCUGUCCUAUGUGCAGAUCUUCAGGGCCGUGCUGAGGAUCCCCUCUGAGCAGGGGCGGCACAAAGCCUUUUCCACCUGCCUCCCUCACCUGGCCGUGGUCUCCCUGUUUGCCAUCUCUGCCAUGUUUGCCUACCUGAAGCCUCCCUCCAUCUCGUCCCCUUCCCUAGAUCUGGUGGUGGCUGUUCUGUAUGCAGUGGUGCCUCCCACAGCGAACCCCCUCAUCUACAGCAUGAGGAACCAGGAGCUCAAGGAGGCACUAAAGAGACUCAUCCACUGUCUGCUGUUGCAGCAGGAAUAAGCUGCCCUUCUCUCUUUACAGGCAAUUCUGAGUUUCUCUCAGGCCAGGCUUGGUGAUUUGGU